UAAGUUUUUCGAAGAACAAAAAGAACGGCAGGACAAGGCAGCAGUUUCAAUUUCAUUCCUGAUUUCUAGUAAAAGUAGUAAGCAACCAGAAGAACACACACGGCAAACAAUGCCUUCGGCUGCUACCACAAUCACCAACAACAACAACAAUAGCAAGGAGAAACGCGCCUCGGUCAGCUCCAUUGGUGCGAGCAGCAGCAGCGUCGGCGGCAGCGGCGUGGGUGGUGGCGGCGGCUCCAACAAUGGCAAUGGCAACGGUAAUGGCAAUGCUAGCAAUGGAGGAGGCGAGCAUAGCAGCAACACCAAUCUCGCUGAAUGUGUCAAGGCUGUUGUCGUUGCGGGAGCAGAACCUGCCAGUGGCAGCCAAACUGACUUAACCAAUAACAGCAACAACAACAGCAGCAGCAACAAUAGUGUCAAUGCCAAAGCGCUGAAAUUGUCGGCUGCAGCUGCCGCUGCUGCUGCCGCCGAGCCGUACAAUCCGAUGAAGCAAAUUCUGGUCACCAUUGAGCACAAGAUUCGCAAUUUGGAGAAACGUAAGACAAAACUGGAAUCAUACCGCGCUAUUCAAGCUGGUGGCAAGGAGCUGAGCGCCGAUCAAGCGGCAGCCGUUGCCAAAUACGACUCUGUCCUGGCCACCCUGGAGUUUGCCCGAGAUGUCGCCAAGCAGACGCAAUCCAUGUUCAAGGAGGCCGAAAAGGAGCAGAAGAAACAGGCACGCAAGGACAACCAGGCCAAGGUGUUGGCGGAGACUGUCAAGAUUCGUGAUCUCUUGGUCAUCCAAAACGUUCUCACCUGCUUCAACGAUGAGCAGGUUCGCAGCGAUUUUUUGGCCGGCGAGAAUGGCGCCUGUAAACUGGAGACUAACGAUUUGGAAACGCUCGAGAAGUUCUGCAUGGAUGUGCAAAUGCGCCGCCCGGAGACUGCCGAGGACAUCAGCUUCUUGACCACCGCCCAGAAAGCAGCCGAGCUCUUUGCCAUGACGAUCAAUGCGCGUGCCAAGCCGUACGGUGAGCUGACGUUCGAGAAACUGCGCGCGCUCUUCCAACAGAUUCAGGACAGUGGCUAUUUGGACAAGUACUAUUGGAUACCCGUCGCGGAUCAGGCAGCAGCGCAGGGCAACAGUGCGGAGAGCGGCACGCAGACAAUUGGCGCCACCGAUACACUGCUGAAUGAUGCACUAGCUGCUGAUCGGGAUGCAGCCCUGUCGGAGCCAUCGGCUCAUAAUUCGCUGGAGGAGGGCUUGGACAAGCUGACGACAACUGCCGAUGCGGGCACCUCAAUGCCCGAGCUGAUGCAGCCGGAACGCGCUGCUCAACAACUGAUUGAGUCGCAGCAUUCGCGCACGCUGCCCAUCGACCCACAGCAGCAACAGUUGCUCGUCCAACAGCAGCAGGCAGCAGGUGUCUAUAAUACUGUCCCAGUGGCGGCUGCAGCAGCAGCUGCUGCUGGUGGCAACACGACGCCUGUGCAUGUGAUGUAUGCAACGGCGCCUCCGCCGCAGGGAACGCAUGUGCCUCCGCCUGCUCAGCAUCCACAUCAGUUGCUGAGUAGCCCCGUGAAUCUCCAGGCCUUGCACGCGGUGCCUCCAUCGCAGACGCCACAGGCGGGCGUUGCUGUGGCGCCAUCAUCGGUGUCUCAGCAACAACAACAACAGCAGCAAGGACAACAGCCGCAGCAGCACUUUAGAGCAACGACAGUGCGUGCCGUGGAGCAUAAUUACUUCAAGCAGCCACCGCUGCAGGCAACACAGCCAGCAGGAGCAGCAGCUGGAGCUGGUGCUGCUCUACAGGCACCGACGCCACAGCAGCAGCAGCAAUUUAUGCAGCAGCUGCGUCCGCUGGCCGAAGUCCUGGGCAACGGCAGCUUCCACUUUCUGCAGGACAGCGAAUUGGAUGCGCCCGAUGUGUUGCAGCCGCCACAGCAACAGCAGCAACAAUUACCGAUGGCACCGCCGCCGCAGCAGUUGCCAGUACAGGGAUUGGUCUUUGAGCAGCAGCAACAACAACAGCAGCAGCAGAAUCAUGUAGAUGAGUCGAUGACCAUAACAACACUGACCUUUACCAAUCAGUCCUUCCCGUCCCUGCAGCAGCAACAGCAGCAGCAACAACAGCAGCAACAACAACAGCAGCAGCCGCAGCAACAACCUCCGCAGCAGCAGCAGCAACUCUUCUCGCCAGUACUGACAUACGAACAACAGCGUCAGCAGCAACAGCAACCCAUGCUGAUUAUGACACGUAUGCCGCCACAGCAGCAACAGCAGCUGCAGCAGCAGGCACCGCCACCACCUCAGGGCAUUGGCAUGCAGCCGGGCGAUGUGACGGCCGUGUUUCCCUAUGAUGCCUCCGUUGUCAGCUAUGAGCAGCAAUUGCAGCAGCAGCUGGGAAUCAAGCCGCAGCAGCUGCCGAAGCCACCACAUCUUGACGAGCAGCAACAGCAGCAGCAGCCACCUGUCAACAAUGAUGUGGUGGUGGAGGCCAAUGAGUGGCAUGGACGUGGUGCUGGUCCUGCUGUUGUCAAUGAUACGAAUGCAGCUGCCACAGCUGCUCUGACAAAUGUGCUUAAGACACAAUCAUCGGCACUUGUCGUCGUGGAUCAGGUGGCAACGCCAACGUCAGCCAACAACAACAGCAACAAUAAGUGGAGCAGCGAAAUGAAUGCAAUGAGCAGCGCCGCCUCAAAUGGCAGCAAUAGCAGCAACAGCAAACAGGAAUGGGCAACGCCACGCGACAACAGUAGCGGUCGUGGUGGUUAUCUGAAUGAGAACGAUGGCGCCAACAAUCAUUGGAACUCCUCGCAGCCCGACAGUGGCAACCAGGUGCGUCGUAACUCUGGCAAUUAUCAGCAUCAGCAGCAGCGUCGCAAUGGCGGCGGUGACGAACGUGGACGCAAUGGCGGCGGCGGAAAUUAUCGCUCGCGACAAUAUGGCAACUCUGCGUCACAGCAAAAUGGCCGGAACAGCGGCGUCUAUUUCCGCAACAAUGAGUCAAGCAGCGGCGGCAGCGGUGGCGGCAACAAUUACUACCAAAAUGGCGGCGGUGGUGGAGGAGGAGGCGGAGGUGGUGUCUACAAUAAGGAAUCACGCUAUGACUCCUCUGGUGGCGGCUCGUAUCGCGGCCAGCGUGGCGGCAAUCAGCGCAAUGGCAACGGACCCUUUGGUCGGCCGAUGGGCGAUCGUGGUCGAAACACGUCUGGCGGUGGGCCGGGUGGCAACGGUGGUAGUGGCGGCGGCGGUGGUGGUAGUGCUUAUAUAAAUCAGCGCCAGUCUCAACAACAACAGCAGCAGCGAAUGCCGCUCAGCUUGGAGAAUAAAAACUGAAACGGCGAAUUGCGUCGAUAGGCAGGCGACGGCGCAGCUGUUUGGCCGUUGGCACAUGUAUUAAA